AUGUCGCCAAGCCGCGACAGCAAGUCGGACCGUCAAAAACGGUCAGGGUCAGUAGGGGCGGAGCACCCUGCUGAUCCAGCAUCGUCAAGAGAAUUUGCAGGACGCUUGGCAAAGAUUGCUCCCAACACACAGUCCCUGUGUGUUACUGUCCCUAUUGAUGAGGUGUCCCUCAUCACUUUGAAGAUCGACGUGACAACUGGAAUGCCAAUUCGCUUCCUAGUUGACUGUGGGGCAUCGAACAGUUUUAUUGGACGCCAGUCGCUGGAAGAUAGUAGACUCAAGUAUGUUGAGCAAGAGAUCCCUCCAACGAGGAUGACGGUGCGCUUUGCUACAGUCGCAUCCGCAACAGUGGUAAACGUGUAG